UGAAUGCGGCCGCAUGUCAAUCACCGGCUCUCAUGUGAUGGCUCUUGCCAAUGACGUGCCAGCCAUAUGGGCCUGGCAUCAGAGCUGGUAUGUAACCCACCCAGUCCUGCCUCUGAGGUGCCACACGGAUCCCUCCACGCGUUCGGGCUGGGGAUAGCAUCAGCAUCAGCAGCAUCAGGCGGAGCAGAGCAGGGUGGCAGAGGAGAGAGGAGAGAGAGGUGUGAGAGCAGAACGCAGCGCCUCGCCUGCAUAAGCAUCCGUGCAGGGCGUGUGGAUGUGAUGCCCACCCGGAGAGAGAUGGUGUAAACAAACCCGCUUUGCCCCGUCACUGAGCUCCACCACGGAGGUUGCUUGCCACAAUGUUGAGCCGUCUGUUCAGCGAGGUGCUGCCGGACGUCCAGAGGCUCGCGGCUGACUGGGUGGAGGACAAUGAGAACGAGGGAUGCAAGUCCAAGGAUGACGAGCACGAUCCCUGUCACCUCGAGGACGACGAUGAUCUGGACGAGCCGCAGGAAGGCAGCAGUCGGGCCGAGUCUGAGAUGGCCGGCGACGACGAUGACGAGGAUGAGGGCGAGGGCGAGGAAGAGGAGUGCGGGGAUGAGAACAGCGGAGACAAACCCAAGAAGCGUGGCCCAAAGAAACGCAAAAUGACGCCUGCCCGCGUGGAACGCUCCAAGGUGCGCCGGAUGAAGGCAAACGCGCGGGAGCGCACACGCAUGCACGACCUGAAUUCCGCGCUGGACAACCUGCGCAAAGUGGUGCCGUGCUACUCCAAAACCCAAAAACUCUCCAAGAUAGAGACCCUGAGGCUGGCCAAGAAUUACAUAUUAGCCCUUGGGGAGAUUUUACGCAACGGAAAGCGUCCAGAUGUGAUGACCUACGUGCAGAUGUUGUGUAAGGGCCUGUCCCAGCCCACCACCAAUCUGGUGGCAGGUUGUCUGCAGCUGAACACCAGGAACUUCCUGACUGAACCGUGUUCAGACGGAGCCCGCUUCCACAUGCCGUCCUCUCCUUUCUCCGUCCACCCCUACCCCUACCGGUGUUCCCGCCUUUCCAGUCCUCAUUACCAGCCCGGGACAGGUGCACUCAACUUACGAGGCCACACGUACGCGCCUGGGUACGAGGCCCCGUACCCACCGGGCGGGACAUCUCCUGACUACCACAGCCCGGACUACGAAGGCCAGCCCAGCCCGCCCGUCUGCCUGAACAACGGACUUACAGGGAGACAGCAGCAGGAGUCCUCCGAGACAGACAGGAACUAUCAUUACUCUAUGCACUACUCCGGACUGACCACGUCUCGACCCAGCCACAGUCUGCCGUUCGGGCCCUCCGGAGCGCGCAGUAGUGGUGCUCACUCAGAAAACAUUCCACCUUUCCAUGACGUGCAUUUGCACCACGACAGGGCGCCGCCGUACGAGGAUCUCAAUGCGUUUUUCCACAACUGAGCCCACACAACGAUCCAGUCAGUAACUUUACAGUGACAAUCCUAUAACGUCUACUAUUGUUUGGGAAACGAGAAGAGUUCCGGGAAGACGGAACAGUCUUCUGAUUAUCUUCUGUAUUCUACUGAUGUCACCCCUAUACUGUUGUACAUCCUAUCAAAGUGUGUCCAGUACUACCCUGUAUGCAGAAUGAGUGCAAGUGACAUAAACGAUGUAUAGGCCAACGAGAAACAUGUUACGACACAAACAACAGAAAUAAAAAAGUGUUUUAUAACUGUCUGAAA